AUGUCGUAUCCUGAAGAGAAAUCGCUUGAUUGUUCAGUCAGGAUGAGCAAGCCAAGGAUCCAAGGCAAGCAGAGAGGGGGCCUCGGCAGGGUGCUGAGAGAGCACAAGGCGAGGCUGUACAUCAUCCGGCGAUGCGUGGUCAUGCUGCUCUGCCACCACGACUAG